AUGUUUUUCUUCUGGCCGGUCUACGAAGUCUACAUGAACGAUUACGAAAAUUCGGUUCUAGCCACUCGAGCGUUUUGGUAUCGACACGUUCGUGAUCGCGAACCGACCGACGUCCAAACGAACCCCUGGAAAGUCAUGGAAUAUCUGCGCACGAGACCGUCCAAACCGGCUUUCGUCAAAUGGACGAAAUCGACGGAGGAAGGAUACAACACUCGAGUUCGCAGAGUACUCGUGGAGGCCUUGAAAGUUCGCGAAAAGUACAUUUCGGAGUAUUACGACGAAAUCUACGCCGAACAUCUCGAACGAAUCUUUAGAGAAAUGAAAUUGUUUUCUCUGGCGGCUCUGCGCAAUUUGGCUUCUCUAUACAACGUACUGAACGAAAAGCCCAAAGAAACCCUACUGUCUCUUUUGAUGCAGACGUGGCGAUUGAAAUCGCCGGGAUGGAUCCUGUUGGAGCUGAUGCGCUACCACCUUCGCCGGGGAGACGACUUGGAAACGUUUCGACAACGAAUUCAAUCGAUGGGACCUUCGGAGAUGAAAAACGCGAGAGAAAUCCGUUUAAUACGAACUCGUCUGGACGAAAACGAGAAUAAACGAGUAGACUUUCGCGUUUCGUUCGAAGACUUGGAAUCCUAUUCCAGAGAUUUAAGGAGCGUCGUAGAAACUUACGACAUAGACGCGCAGCAUUUGGACGCCAUGCACCCUUUCGGAACCAGAGAAAACGAACCCAAUUCUGGUAGACCCCUAACAGUAAGUUUAUCUCUGCCAUUCGACCACGCUGAGAGCGAUCUGAACGCCAAGCUGAAGCCUCAGCUUCAGUCGAUCUAUGCGUCGCUCAAGCUGAACAGCGAAGUCACCGCCACCAAUGUUACCAUUCUGAACAGCCUGUUGGACGACAUCUUAGUUCAGAUGAAGCGGAAGGAUCCUCUCUUCCAUCUGGUUUUCAAGAGGUGCGAAUUCACCGGAAGCUACUAUGACGGGCUGCGGAUCAAAAAGGCAGACGAGUUUGACGUUGACCUUGUGCUGAACCUACCUUUCGAGAAGGACGAAUUCAUCGCGUCGGACGGAUGUCCCGGCCACGUCGGCUACGAAGUCAGUACGGCAGCCGUGGACAGGCUGCACCGGGAAGGAGACGCCAAGUGGGUUCCGCUCUUGCUGGAUUUGAUGGAUGGCGAGAGGAGGCUCGUUCCAGAGAGGGUCACGCGGUGGCUCGAAUCGGUUCUCGGCUCUGUUCUCGGGACCUACGUCGUCUCCUCUGGGCCCUGCUCGGCCAUUGAAAAGAUACGGCUGAGGCAGCACGGCCCUGCCGUGACACUUUAUAUCAAACUCAAAGAUGGCAACCAGAUUGACGUGGACCUCGUGCCUGUGAUAGAAUUUCGCCACCCUAGUUGGCCCACAGGCGUUCAGAAGAAAGGCUGGAUGGCUAAUAUGUUACCAGAGGAUUCCAACUGGUUCCUGAUUCCCAAGCCUCCCAUGUCCAUGCCCAAGUCCCACCUAUGGCGGCUGCACUUCCCGAACAUCGAAAAGAGGCUCAUCGAAGACAAGGGUUGUGUGAAGCCCAUCAUUCGCUUACUCAAGGCCAUGAGGGACUCGUACGGCUGGAAUCUCUCGUCGUAUUCCCUCAAGAUGUUUGUCAUGAGCCAGGUCGCGGCAAAUGACGACGCGCAAUAUUGGCACCCCGACAACCAAGGGAUGCUUUUCGUCAGGAGUGUUUCAUUCCUCUAG